UAUAAGCUAUGUUAUCUUUAUUUUCCUGGUGAACCUUAGGGGCGGUAACUUUAAUCACUUCACUGCAGUCCAGAGAAAUUGAUUGCAUUUAAUUCCUGAUUAAUUUUAAUUUUGCUUCUUCGUGAUAUUUUUAUUUUAUUUGCAUUAUUACAUUGUUACACAUUUUAACAUUCUUAGCGAUACAUUCAAAAUUAUAUAUGUAUAUCUCUGUUUAUAUAUUUCCUUAUUCCAACCCCUGUGACUUCCCUCCACCACUGUACACCUUUUGUUUUUGUUUGUUUUUGUAUUGUGUUGUAUAUAUUGUUUCUAUUUUCUAUCACCCACAUUCACCUUACCAGAUUGCAUGGAGCCCGGACAGCCCCGUGGUUUUCCCCGGUGCUGAGGGCGAUGAAACAGUCGUUGAGACGGCUAGAGCGCCGGUGGCGGAAAACUCAUUUUGAAUCAGACCGGACACGGGCUAGAGCUCAACUUCGAGCCUACCAAGUGGCAAUGGCGACAGCGAAGAGGACCUUCUUCACCGUCUCCAUCGCAUCUGCAGAAAACAGCAGCAGGAGACUCUUCCAGGUGGUUCGCAAUUUAGCGGAACCACCUGCUCCAUCCGGGCCCAGUACGGGCCACAUGAUCUCCUGCAAUGAUUUUGCAAAGUUUUUUGCAGAUAAAGUCGCUCAGAUUCGGGAAGAGGUAGACUCCACCGUGGGAGCAGGGCCGGGGCGGGGGAGUGCUAGAGUCCUGUCUAGUCAAGUUUUGUGGGAUCAAUUUCAAUCUGUUACCUCCGAGGAUGUGGACAGGCUGCUUCGACGAGUGAAACCAACCACCUGUCUCCUUGAUCCUUGCCCAUCCUGGCUUAUAAAAGCUAGCCAGGAGGGGCUGGGCGAUGGGCUUCGCGGGUUGGUAAAUGCUUCUCUCCAUGAAGGAGCCUUCCCAGACCCGCUGAAAGAGGCGGUUAUUAAACCGCUUCUUAAAAAACCAUCUUUAGAUCCGGCCAAUAUGGCCAACUAUCGCCCAGUCUCAAAUCUUCCAUUCUUGGGCAAGGUGAUUGAGCGAGUGGUUGCUGAACAACUUCAGGCACGCCUGGAAGAAGCGGACCAUUUGGAUCCCUUCCAGUCAGGAUUCAGGCCUCACCAUGGGACUGAAACUGCCUUGGUCGCACUGGUCGAUGAUCUCCGGCGGGCUAGGGACAAAGAACCAGUGAAGGCGGUGAAGGUCCUGUGUGAGUGCUUGGAGGCGGUUGGAGGAUGGAUGGCGGCUAACAGAUUGAGAUUGAAUCCUGACAAGACAGAAGUACUGUUUGUGGGGGACAGGAGGCGGGCGGGUGUGGAGGACUCCCUGGUCCUGAAUGGGGUAACUGUGCCCCUGAAAGACCAGGUGCGCAGCCUGGGAGUCAUCUUAGACUCACAGCUGUCCAUGGAGGCACAGGUCAACUCCGUGUCCAGGGCAGCUGUUUAUCAGCUCCAUCUGGUACGCAGGCUGAGUCCCUACCUGCCCACUGACUGUCUCUCCAGAGUGGUGCAUGCUCUAGUUAUCUCUCGCUUGGACUACUGCAAUGCGCUCUACGUGGGGCUACCUUUGAAGGUGACCCGGAAACUACAACUAAUCCAGAAUGCGGCAGCUAGACUGGUGACUGGGAGCGGCCGCCGAGACCACAUAACACCGGUCCUAAAAGACCUACAUUGGCUCCCAGUACGUUUCCGAGCACAAUUCAAAGUGUUGGUGUUGACCUUUAAAGCCCUAAACGGCCUCGGUCCGGUAUACCUGAAGGAGCGUCUCCACCCCCAUCGUUCUGCCCGGACACUGAGGUCCAGCUCCGAGGGCCUUCUGGCGGUUCCCUCACUACGAGAAGCCAAGUUACAGGGAACCAGGCAGAGGGCCUUCUCGGUAGUGGCACCCACCCUGUGGAAUGCCCUCCCACUAGAGGUCAAAGAGAACAACAAUUACCAGACCUUUAGAAGGCAUCUCAAGGCAGCCCUGUUUAGGGAAGCUUUUAAUGUUUGAUGGAUUUCUGUAUUUUAAUGUUUGAUGGAUCUCUGUAUUUUAGAAUUUCUGUUUUGUUGGAAGCCGCCCAGAGUGGCUGGGGGAACCCGGCCAGAUGGGCGGGGUAUAAAUAAUAAAUUAUUAUUAUUAUUAUUAUUAUUAUUAUUAUUCUAUUUUCCCCAUAAGACGUCUGUCAAUAUUUUAGCUUUACAAAAUUUAGUUGAUGCAUAUCAAUAAAUUUGUUUUGGAACGAUGUUUUGUCAUUACCAUUCCGUAAUGUAAUUCCUGUUUAAAUCUUUGGGGGUAGGUAAGUGACAAGUCAUCUGCCUCACUUUUCAUACGAUUUAGGUUUAGUUUUCACCAAGCUGAUAAACCUAUCUGGACUGUACAACAUAAUGUAGGAGAAAGCACACAUAAUUUAAUACUCUCCCAUAUUACUGCCUCGCAUCUGGCAUAUAGAAAAUUAGUACCGUAUAUUAAAAUAUGUGAGUAGAACUGCUUUCCACCUAUUUUCAAAAGGUCUUGUCUUACGUCUACAAUAUUUACUCAAAUGCAGCUCUAUUGAACAUUGUAAUAGAUGAGAGAGGAUAUGGACAGACACACACACAUACAACACAACACAAGACAACACAUUUGUAGUAAUGUUUAAUUGGUGGUGGUUUUUAUAUACAUAUUUAUUUAUUUUUUCCUUGCCUUUUUCUCUGACAGUGACUUAAGGCUGCUUACAGAUAAAAUAAGAACAGUUGAAAACAAAGAGUGG